CCUCUAUCACACAAUCAAGUUUUUUAAGGUUUUAUCUCGAGCAGACGAGCGAGCUAGUCCGAAAAGAGGCGAGCAAUUCAUUCUUUUCUCGUCCAAUCCCCAGUCCAAUUUGGUUUCGCUGUGAAGAGAGCUUUAAGUCAGUCCGGAAGAGAGAAAGAGAACGAUUUUAUUUCACUCGCCUCACGAGAUCCGAUCCUCGCUACUCCAAUUUCUUUGCUGCAGAGCUUGAGUUUCCUUCUUUUUGUGUGUUUUUUUUUUCUGUUCCGCGAAGAUGGUUCAAAUGCCGGUGGCGACGACGAUCUUUGCCACCAACAGCAGCAUCCCGGAGCAGAAGCUCCUGAGCAAUUCAGCUCCUUUUCCAGCGGUUCUCAAGCCGAGUUCCUCCGAGUCGAGCGACAAGCAGAGCCUUCUGCUAGCGCUGGAGCAGCCCGGCGGCAAAUCCCUGCUGCGAAACGAGCUCGCCCGCAGCGGAGCGGUCCUGCUCCGCGGGUUCAACCUCGACUCCGCUGCCGACUUUGACGAGCUUGUGCAGCGCCUCGACGGCGAGGAGUUCCCGUACAGCGUCGGGGGAGAGGCGACCCGGCAGCGAGUGCUGGGGAGAGUCUUCACCGCCAACGAUGGAAUCCCGCUCCACAAGCCCAUCGGCUUCCACAACGAAGUCGCUUAUCUUCCAAACUCGCCAUCGAGGAUUGUUUUCUUCUGCCAGAGCCCCGCUCCACAAGAGGCUGGCGGAAGCACGCUAGUUGCUCACGGAAGAACGGUGUAUGAGAAACUUGUGGAGAGUGGACACGAGCACUUCCUCGAGGAGCUGUCGCAAAAAGGCGUGAGAUACUCCAAGAAGCUGGCCCAGGGAGGGCAUGGGAGCUGGAAGUCUAUGUUCCAGACGGAUGACAAGCUUGAGGCGGAGCAAAGGGCCGAGAAAGUUGGUUCCAGAAUCGAGUGGCUCGACAACGACGAGGCUCGUUUCAUUUCCAAUCCCUGCCCCGGCGUGAAGAUCAAUCCACACACUGGCGAGAAAGUCUGGUUCAACACCAUCGCCGGCAUCCAAGUCUUCAAGGCCUCCACACCCCCGGGAUCCUUUGAUGCUUACUUUGGAGAUUGCUCUCCCUUCCCCCAGGAUGCUCUGGAUGCCUGCCUGCGGAUCCUGGACGAGGAGAAAGUUGCCUUCCCCUGGCAAAAAGGAGACGUCCUCAUCGUUGAUAACGCCAAUGUUCUUCACGCCCGGCAGCCUUCCAAACGGCCGAGAACUGUUCUAGUCUCCCUGUUGAAGUGACAAAGAUUCGGUGCCACUACAAUUUCCAACGUGUCCCUGCUCGCUGCGAGUAUUGUCCGACAUUUCCUUUUCCUUCCAGCCCUCCUUCAGGCCGGCCUUGACCCGGUUCGUGCAUGUAUGUGUGUCGUUCGCAGACUUCUCGGGGUGGUAUCGAGUUGGACGGAUAGAGACCUCCAAACCACGACGCCUUCUCGACUGCGAUAUAGAAGUUUUGCUCCAUGUGUAUAACGCUCUCGUCCAUCGUGAUCGGAAAUAAGAAUUUGGACCGCAUUUCAGUGUCA